UGGCUCGUCGUAAACCUGCCGAGAGAGGAGAGAGAGAGGUUGGAGGCAGCCACCUCGGAGAAGGCUGCGCCCAUCUUUUCCUUCCUCUCUUUCUCGGUCGUCGUUUCUCCCCGCGAUUCGAACGGGUCCAAACCUUUUUCUCUUCCCCUUCCCCUCUCCUUUGAGUUUCUCCCGUGAGAAUUUCGCAUUCGUCUCGUAUAUUCGUAUAUGCCGAUGAUACGCUCCCUUCGAUACGUUGAUUUCGUGCGAAUCGCCAAGACCGAGCGAGUCGAGCGAAAGCAGGAGGGAGAGAGGGGGAGAGAGAGAGGGAUGGAGGGAGGGACGGUCGUGUCGCGGGGAACAGGUUUUCUAUCAAACGGGCUGUGUACCCAUCUCUCGGCUGGUUCGCACGUACCGUCUAGUCGACACCCUAGCGGAUCGCAGGCAAUUAAUCAAGGAGAACAGCGAAACGAUUUGUAGCCGAGAGUAUCCCGAGUGUAGAUUUUUGGCCGUAGAUUUUUAGCGUUACGGUCACGCGUCUCGUCCCGUUGUUUAUUUGCCGUGGCUAGCCGUAUUCGAGCCUCGUGAAUCGGCGAUAGACGAAUAAUUAAACAGUCGCGGACCAAAACAGGUUUGAAUUCGAUGAUCGGGAUGGUGGAGAAAAACCGAGGGGGAUUUUUCUUGCUUCUGAGGGGGACCUUGGAUCCGAUGUUCCGAGAGGAUACAGGCGCAUUCCGCGGGAAGAAAGUAUCUCUCGAUACGAUUAAAAGUCACGGUGUGGUAUAUCGGUGAUCUCAUGAAAGUCGACGAGCGUGGAUGUCGCGGACGGAGUCUGUAUCGAGCGCGCGAAUUCCGAGCGGAGCCGAGUCGAGUCGAGUCGAGUCGAAUGGAAUGGAGUGGAGUGGAGUGGAGUGGAGUGGAGUGGAGUCGAGUCGAGGAGAACGAAGAGGAGAGCGUCUCGACGAUAGAUCAUAUUCGAUAUUCGAUGCGCAAGAGUGGUGGUGGUGGUACGGUUUCCGGUUCGUUGUUCGAUUUCGACCGGAUCCUUCUUUCUCUCCCUCUCUCUCUCUUUUUCUUCGAAAACGAGGCAAGAAUGCGGGCGAAGCGAGCGCACACCGCACUGGUAAUGGAAAACGCGCAGAGAUCAUUAAGGAUACCGGUAAAAAAGAGAAUUCUCGGUUUUUACCGUUCCCGUAAGUAUCCUCUCGCGUUCUAGAGGGCACAGCGGAACGGACAACAUUUACCGAAGAAGUUUGACGCUAAAGGCGACGACCACGCGAGGCGGCCUUGACGUAUUUUCUUGCUCCCUCCGCAUACUCGUUUUCGACCGCAAAAACACCCGCCGUUCGAUCCUUCCUCCACUGACCCGACCUCGUUCCGAUCGCCCUCGUAAAUCCGUCCGUAAAUUUUUCCUUCGCCCGCCGAGAUAUCGUCGCGCACCCCGAUUUUCCCGCGAAUUAAUUAUCCAUAUCCUUGGAUAUGAGAAAGAAAAAAAGAAGGAAAGAUGAAAAGGAAAGAAAAGAAAUCGAAAUCGAUGGGAUUUCUAGGCGGAUCAAAGGCGGACUCGAAAGAGAAUCGGCUAUGGAAUAAUAGGGCGAGGGAAGAUGAGGCUGACGGGGCUGUUUUUUGUACCACGCUCGUCUCUUCCGAUCUACCUAAAGGGCUGCUCGAAAAUAAUCCUGUAUUCAUAAACGAAGGUGGAACGAUUAGCGAGCUCUCUCUCUAGAGCCAACUUGAAUCGUGCCUCGAAUGCGUGCAUCGAGUUGCUGUUACGGGACGCGGAAACAGGGUGGAUGCGUCCCUUGGAUGGAUGUUACGCAAGGAGGGCCACUUGUUCGCUUCCUCCACCUCCUCCACCUCCUUCGAAAAUUUCGCGGUGGUGUUGGCGCGUCACGAGAGACACGAGCGUUUCGUGAUUACGAGUCGUUAAGAAGGGGGCCGCCGCGAACCGGUCGCUAGCUCCGCUUUCGGCGAGUCGAGCUCGUAUUUCAGCGUCGUUCGCCGCGGGACAGUCCUUCUUAUCCUUCCUCCUUCCGACUUCCUACACCUCUUCUCUCUACAUCUCUCUUCUCGAGAAAGGAAUCGUCGUCGAUUCCGGACGAUUUUUCGGAGGCUAAUGGGGAGCGAUGUGUAAAACGGCGCGAAAGUUUCCGCAUCGGGGGGAAUAAGUUGGUGGCGGUGAUGCGCGCAAGAAGAUAUUUACGCGAGGCCGCGGGCGCAACGUUGGCGCAAGAAACGAGCGCUCGCCUCUCCGCGACAUUCUCCUCGGGACACUAGCUAAUGUUCGCCUCGCAUGAGACGAAUCCUACCGCGAGUUGCGGCGGCAGAUACGUACACCACUCACGACUCUCUGUACGCCGUCUAUUUCUCAUUAGCCGGGACCCGAACAUCCCGAGGAAUUUAUUCCGCCUCCGUUGUUCAAUCCGGCAAACUGGGAUCGAGACUGGGAUUUUUAAUUUUUGGGACGGGGGUCGUUCGGAGGGCGAUUAGGGGCGGCGAUAUUAUCGAUCGGCGAAAAGUUUGGAGGCAAAGAAAUUUCGGGGCGGAUGGAGGAAGGCGGUUAUUUAUAAGAGUGGAAGCAGGGAGCGAAAGAGCGACGCGUUAAGGGGUUUUUGCGGCGAGGCGAGUUGGAGCGGGAUAAGAGUUGCGCGAAAUUCGCAAAAACAGCGUGAGCGUUCGCCGCUCGAAUCUCGCCGCGUUUAUGGCAACGAACGGUCCGUUCGGAGGAGAUGGACGCGAAGCGGUCGAUCCGAACCGAGGACAACGUCCCUGAACUCCGCGGCGUGGCGAGCGAGCGAGCGAGCGAGCGAGCGGGAAAAAAGGGAUGGCGAAACAGCGCGGAUAUUAUUUGCCAUUAAAGCGAGGGACAAUUUAAAAGCUAUUACUAUUACUCACGGCCUUGGUGUGUACGCGGUCCGUUGCCCGACCGCCGCCUCGCCCGCUCUUCGCCGCGAUCGCGGACACGCUCUUUCUUCGCCACUUGGAUCGUUUUGCGAUUUUCACGCCGCCAACCGUCCACCGUUCCCCCGUCGCGCCUGCCAAACGGAAAAUAAACCUCUUCCAGUCCCCCCUCGAUCGCUCCACAUUUUUCCUCUUCCGUCGUAAACGUUGUCGAUUUCGUCCCACCUUUCUUUAUAAAUCGACGAUUCUCUCUACGAAGAUACUUUCGAUCGUUUCUUCUUCAAUUUGGAUCGGCCGCGCGGAAUCGACGAAGAGGCAUUUCGGAUGACGCGAACCCUUUGUCGACUACCCUUGUGUGACAUUAUAUCUUUCGUUCAAGCUCUGCUCUUCCUAUAAUUAGGAGGGUAUAAGUCUUUCGAGGCGAUAUUCCUGUCAACGAGGCCGACUCCUUUUCUCGGUUAUUCCUCGCGAGGAACGGAGGAAAAAGGGCGGAAAGGAAAAAUUGCGCGCUCAAAUUUCACCGCGAUACGACGAUGUGUUCGGUAGCCAGCGAUAAAUAAUUGGUUCGGGGAGAAUCUCGAGCGACCGAGUUAUACGAAUUAAUCGAGGGCGGCGUAGAGGGGAGGAAGGGUGAUGAUCGAGUCCAGAUGCUCGAGAGAAGCGGGAGGGAAGCGGAGGAAGGAUCGCAUGCUCGAACAGGUGCGUUGCACCUCGUCGUGGUGGACGCGGAUCCACCGGAGACGGUGGAGAGAAGUUGUACGUGUACGUGUACCGCCUACGGUGCCGGAUCGUGGAACGAUACCGCUGAAACGACGAGAGAUCGAGAGAACUCGAUCGGGUUCGCCGCGCGCGCGCGUGUGUGUUGUUUCGUUCCUUUCUCCGCGGUGAGCGUUGCGUGUUUCGACUCGAAUUCGCACGAGUUGGCGUUUCGCCGGCUCGUUCCCUCCUCGGCCCAACAAGUAGGAAGAGGAGGCGUUUCCGGUCGAAUAAAUUCGCCGCACGGCCCGACCUUGCGGACACGCCAAGCCGGAUCGUGGAACGUGGCCGAGGAAAGGUGGAAGCGCGAUAGUUGGUCGAUUUUCGCGCGAUGAUUCUCGAGUCGAGGAAUUUCGAUGGAAUAAUUCGAACGACGUGCAAUUGGAAUCGCGCGCCUCUUUACGACCGAAAUAAAGGAACCAGCUCGUAACCGAUUCGUCAAACGACGCUCGCUUCGUCGGUCUAUCCAUCCCGUCGAUCGUUAUUCACCGCGCGUAUCUCGCCGAUCGCCGCGAUGAAAAGCAUCGACGAGCAAGCGACACUCGAGACGCGAUGCUUCGUCAUGCGGCCCUCGCAGUCCCGCGCGUGUCUCCCGACUGUCAAUCGAUUUAUACGAAUGACCUCUCGCCCGUCGCGUGUCGCCCGUCCAUAGCCCUAUCUACGAGCUCGUCGCGGUUGCGCCUGCUCGUUCACGCACCACCGCCACCACCUUCUUCCACCUUCUCGCGCCGAUUCGAUCGCGGGAUUCGGAUUGAAACGUAACGCGCAGUUACGUCGCGGUCGUGGUCGCUGCGAUCGUGGUCGUGGUCGUGGUCGUGGUCGGACGUGGUUUUCGUGCGCGAGCUAAUUAAAUUGCCGAUCGAGCGGCGGAAAGUUGAUCGCACCAAUUAGCGCGAGUGGAACGCGAUGGCCUCGAUCGUACGAUAGGGCAAAGCGCGAACGAUGACCCGAAUAGGGCAAAAACGUGUGUUUCGCCUCGGUGAAAUUGAGCGUAUAUUAUCGAGUUUGCGCACGAGUUUCGCCCUCCAUUCGAGGAUGCAUCGGAAACUGACGGCAAGCUUUCCUUUCGGCCAAGGUGCGGGCUACGGACCCGGAUUGCGGCGUGAACGCAAUGGUGAAUUACACGCUGGCCGCGGGAAGAAUGGAAAGCGAACAGCUGAUGGUGCGCAGCGAUACCGGGGACAUUUGCGUCAGAACACCAUUGGACAGGGAAACCGCUCCCUAUCUAGAGAUUCCCGUCAUCGCUACCGACCGAGGUGGCCUGAGCACCGUGGCCAUCGUGAGGGUGCAGGUGACCGACGUGAACGACAACCGUCCGAUCUUCGAGCCGAGGAGGUACAACGUGACGCUGAGGACCGACAGCUCGUUCCAAGGGGCAAUUUUGAGGGUGGUCGCCACGGAUUUGGACGCCGGAUUGUUCGGCCAGGUGGCGUAUCGGAUCACGAGCGGGAACGAGGCGGGCGUCUUCCAGAUCGACCGCAACACGGGGGAGAUGGAAGUGGCUAGGCCGGCGUUCCUCUCCAGGUCGCCGUUCCAUCAAUUGAACGUGACGGCCACGGACGCGGCAGGCUUGAAGAGCAUGCACGACGCCGAAAUCAGGAUCACAGCGUCCUCCCCCGGCCACAGGAUCGCCAGCUGCGAGAAACCGCGCUACACCAUCACCGUCAAGGAGACCGUUCCUCAGAACAGCGUGGUCGGAGGAGUGAAGGACGGAGCUUCGUCUGGUGAACGGCCAACCAGAUUUUAUUUGGCGAAGGAAGAACCGGAUCUAAGUAUAGAUCCCGUCACGGGUAUGAUUCGAAUUCGCGUCCCGUUGGACCGGGAAACGCGGGACAAGUACAUUCUGAGCGUGGAGGCACGGAAUGGAGUUACCACGGGCUACUGUCAGGUGGAGCUGAACGUGGAGGACGUGAACGACAACGGGCCGACGUUCCCGACGAGCAGCGUGCGAAUAUCCGUGGCGGAGUCGCACCCCCUUCACGCGCCCCUCUACGUGGCGCACGCGACCGACCCCGACGUGGUCCCCUCCCACCCGAUCCGCUACGCGCUCGGCCAGAACAGCAACGACCUGUUCGGGAUAGACGCCCGCUCCGGCGAGCUCUAUCUGUCGAGGAGGCUGGAUUACGAGACGCAGCAACGGCACGGCCUCCUGAUAAGGGCGCUGGACGGCGGCGGCCUCUCCGCCAACCUGAGCCUCAGCGUCGAGGUGCAGGACGUGAAUGACAACCCCCCAGUGUUCGAGAGGAACGAGUAUCACGUGGAGGUUCCCGAAGGCGCCAAGCUCGAUUCCCAAAUACUCCAAGUGACCGCGGUCGACCUGGACACGGGCAACAACGCUCGGCUGAGUUACCGGCUCCAAGGAUCGACGGCGUUUCGAAUCAGCCCCAACACCGGAUGGAUUUAUCUGGCGCAAGUGCUCGAUCGAGAGAGCUCGGAUAGACACGCGCUCACGGUGCUCGCGACCGACAACGGUUCCCCCGCCGCGACAGCGAGCACUUCCGUGCUGGUCACGGUGCUCGACGACAACGACAACGAUCCCCGCUUCGAGAAGGAGUUUUACGGAUUCGAGCUGCUGGAGAACUUGCCCUCGGGUACGCUGGUCGGAUCCGUGAGCGCCUCCGAUCCCGAUCUCGGCAAGAACGCGCUGCUCAGGUACGCGGUGGUCCAGGCCAACAGCAGUUUCACCGUCGACCCCGACACAGGCGAGAUCAUCACGAAAGAACCGCUGGACCGGGAAACGAAAGGGGUGCACGAGCUGGUUCUCGAGGCCAGGGAUCAGGGAACUCCGUCGAGGGCGGCGAGGGUGCCUCUCAAGAUCACGGUCCUCGACGUGAACGACAACUCGCCCGAGAUCGUGGAUCCUCAAGGGGACGUGGUCAGCGUGAGGGAGGAGCAACCACCGGGGACGGAAGUGGCGAGGGUCAGGGCUUUGGACACCGAUCUCGGCGAGAACGCAUCCGUCACCUACACUAUUCUCAAAGAUCGAGACUCGGACGGUUACAACGUUUUCACCAUUGACCCGAUCACGGGGAUGAUCAGGACGAAGGCGGUGCUCGAUCACGAGGAGCGGAACGUGUACCGGGUGUCCGUGAAGGCGACGGACGCGGGCCGGCCACCCCGCCACAGCAUACGCGCGCUCAGAGUGGAGGUUUUAGCGCUCGCGGACAACCGGCCGACCUUCACCAGUAGCAGCCUUACCUUUAACGUACGGGAGGACGCGAGUAUAGGACAAGCGGUGGGCUCGGUGUCGGGGGCGGGUCCCGCUGGGCGCGUGGCCUUCACCUUGGACUCUCUCACGCCCAUCAGCGAAUUUCCAGCGUUCGACGUGGACCGAAGCUCGGGCCAGCUGGUGGUCGCCCACUCCCUCGACCGGGAGAACGUGAGCGAGUACCACCUGGAGAUCCGCGCGCUCGACACCACCUCGAUCGGCAACCCCCAGAGCAUCGCCGUCUCGGUGAAGAUCGCGAUCGAGGACGCGAACGACAAUCCGCCCCGCUGGCCCCAGGACCCGAUUACGGUCCGCGUGUCGGAGAGGGCUGCGAUCGGCUCCACGAUCUACAACUUGACGGCCGUCGAUCUGGACAGCGGCCUGAACGGGGACCUGCGCUACGGCCUCGUGGCCGAGUUUCCGCCGAGGGACAGCUUCGCGGUCGAUUCCCUGACCGGCGCUCUCACGCUUGCCAAACCGUUGGACAGGGAGGAGAGGGCGGAGUACACGUUGAUCCUGAAGGCGUCGGAUCGCGCGCCGCCCGGCGAGCGCUUGGCCUCCACCGUCACGGCGAGGAUCAUCGUGCUCGAUCAGAACGACAACGACCCGAUUUUCGUCGCCCCCGAAUCGACCAAGAUUCCCGUCACGCCGGAUCUCUUGCCAGGGGCGACGUUGGUGAGAGUGGUCGCCGUGGACAAGGACGCGGGCGACAACGGGCGCGUGUCUUACGUGAUCACGUCGGCGAACGAGGAGGCGAGAUUCUCGGUCGGCUACGAGUCCGGCAUAGUGAGCUUGGAGAGGCCGAUGGCGAGAUCGACGGAGCUCGAGAUCACGGCCAACGAUCACGGUUCCCCGCCCCGCAAGUCCACCCUCAGGCUGACCCUCUCGCUGGCUUCCGGCCAGACCAACGGACCUCCCCGGCUCCUGCUCGCCAACCCCGUGGCUAGGAUUUCGGAGGACCUGCAGGUCGGAGCGCCGGUGCUCAACGUCGCCGGCCCCAUCAUCGCCGACCAAGGUAACGUGAGCUUCGGUAUCCCGAGCAACGCUGCCUCGGAUAAAUUCACCGUUUUGCCGAGCGGCCUGGUCACGCUUCGGGGUCCCCUGAACCGCGAGGAAGUCUCCCGCUACUCGGUCCCGAUCCUGGCCAGAUCCAGCAAACUGUUGGACAUCGCCACCCUCGAGGUCCUGGUAAUGGACGAGAACGACAACAGCCCCGAGUUUCGCCCCGGUUCGUGUUACACCCUCGCCGUGCCCGAGAACCAGGGGACAGCCGUGAUUCACACGAUCGCGGCCGCAGACCUCGACGAGGGAAAGAACGGGGAAAUUUAUUACAGCAUCGUGGGUGGGAACAUCGGCGCCAAGUUCGCGUUGGAUCCAACGAGCGGUGCGCUGUCGAUGUCGAAUCUGGACAGAGAGUCGGUGUCCAAGUACGCGUUGACCAUCUCGGCCAAGGACAAAGGCAGGCCGAGCUUGGAGGCGCGGUGCAACUUGACGGUGAUCGUGCUGGACGUGAACGACAACGCCCCGACGUUCGUUCAGAAUCAGUACGCCGAGUCUCGGCCUCGAGGGGGCUCCUCGGUCCCCGGCACGGCCGACUAUCCAGCUUUCGGCUUCCCCUACGGAUCCUCGUCCAACUAUCCAACUAGCAGCCAUCAUCCGGCCAAGUACGUGGCUACCGUGUCCGAGGACGUGGCACCGGAUUCGAGCGUGAUGACCGUGAGAGCGACCGAUCCUGAUCAAGGGGUGAACGGCAAGAUCACGUACGCCAUAGCCGAAGAGACGAGUUGGUUGUUCAGGGUUGACAAUUUAACGGGCGUCGUUACCACGGCUGGCCCCUUGGACCGCGAGCGGCAGAGCUCGUACAAGUUCCUAGUGGUGGCGACGGACAGCGGCAAGUACGACGCGAGGAGCAGCACGAUCCCCGUCGAGAUACGGGUGAGCGACGUGAACGACAACGCGCCCGUGUUCGAGGAGUAUCCUUUCCGUGCCCGUGUGUCGAUCGGCACCCAGCCGGAGAAGAACAUCGUGCGCGUGGUGGCGACCGACAUCGACGAGGGAUUGAACGGAGAGAUAGUGUACUCGUUCCUGCACGAGCAGGAGAAGCCGAAAUUCAGGAUACACCCGAGCACCGGUGCCGUGACCGCUGCGUUGUCCCUCUCCCAGGACAACGGCAAGACCUACCACUUGGAGGUGGUGGCCAGGGACAAGGGGAACCCGCCGAGGAGCGCCCGAGGGUUGAUCGAGCUGCGGGUCGGGGAUCUGGCCGACCUGGCGCCCGUGUUGAAGUUUCAGAACGAGACGUACGAGGUGGUGGUGGGGGAGAACUGCGCGGCGGGCACCGAGGUGAUCCGAGUGACGGCGGUGCGGUCGGACGGGCGAAGGCAACGCGUCUCCUACUCCCUUGGCUCUGGCAACGAGUCGGGGACGUUCGCGAUCGACGAGGACACCGGGUCGAUCCGUGUCAACGAUCCCUCGCGGCUGGACGCGGAAUCGUGGACCGACACGAGGGUGAGGCCCGCGGACGAGGGGGCGGAGGACGACGGCAGGACCAACUCGUGGGCGAGAUCGUUGGAAGGCGUCGGGCAGCGGCCGAAGGAGAAGCCCAGGGAGAGCUCGAAGCACGUGUUGACGGUUGCCGCGAGGACCGCAGGCCCCGACCCCUUGGAAGCGUACGUCAAGUUGGUGGUGAAGGUGUCGGACGUGAACGACAAUCCGCCCAUCUUCACUCAGACCCAGUACUCGGCCACCGUUCUGGAGGGGAACGUGAAAGGGGAUUUCGUGGUCAAGCUUUCGGCGAGCGACGCGGAUCAAGGGAUGAACGGUAGAAUUCUGUACCAUAUCGUGGACGGGAAUCCGGACAACGCGUUCACCAUAAGCCCCCCUUACAGCGGAAUAGUUCGGACGAACAUCGUUCUGGACCGCGAGAUUCGGGAAAAGUACAGGCUGACGAUAAUCGCGACGGAUCAAGGGAAUCCUCAGCUGACCGGCACCGCAGCGCUCAGCGUCAGGGUGAUCGACAUCAACGACAAUCAACCCACGUUUCCGGAGCACAGUAUCAUCUCCGUUUCGGAAGGUACGGCGGUUGGGACCGUGUUGACCACAAUCACGGCCAACGACGUGGACAGUUCCCCGGCCUUGACCUAUCGAUUCGGCAACGCGACCGACCCAGGUCCGUUCAGCAUCGAUAGAUACGGGGGCAAGGUCGUCCUCCGGAGACGCUUGGACGCCGAGACCAGGUCCGAGUAUAGCCUCCAAGUGAUCGCAAGCGACGGUAUUCACGAAGCGACCACGGACUUGAUAGUCCGCGUCACGGAUCUCAAUGACAACGCGCCGCGAUUCCAGCAAUCCGCUUACAUCGCCACCCUGCCCGAGGGACGAGGAGGAGAGUUGCAAGAGAUUGUGACGGUGAACGCGACCGACGACGAUCUCACGGAGGACAACAGUCGGGUGAGAUACCAUCUGCUGAGAGCUACCAAAGGUUUCUCGGUGCAUCCCGCGAGCGGCGUGGUGACGGUGAAUCGCACCGCGAUACCGCGGCCGUUGCCCAAGGAGGUUGAGUUGGCGAUCGUCGCCGAGGAUUACGGGAAACCGCCUGCCGCGUCCGUGUGCUCGGUCGUCGUACGAUUGACCAGUUUGAAGAGCAGCAACUCGCCCGGCAAAGAGUACAAGAUCACCGCCAAGGAGAACACUUGGAGGGGGACCACGCUGAUGAGGUUGUCAGACGUGGACCUUUUGGACGGUAGCAUCGUGGCCGGGGACGACGGUGGCACGUUCGAGGUAUCGAGAGGAAGGUUGAUCCUGUCCAAGCCGUUGGACAGGGAAACGAGGGACAAAUACGUUCUACGAUUGGGCUCGAGGGACGAGAACUCGACGACCGGAUCCCUGGUGGGGGACGAGCCCGUUACGGUGAUCGUGACGGUGGAAGACGCGAACGACAAUUACCCCCGUUUCUCGGAGGAUGUGCACCAGGUGUCGAUCAAGGAGAACGCUGCCCGCGGGGCGACGGUGGCCGUGUUGCGCGCCAAAGACGACGAUCUCGCGGGCACCGCGGCCGCCAAUCUCGUCUACGAGAUCACGUCGGGGAACGACGGCGGCCUGUUCCGCGUGGACAGGGCGACGGGCGCCGUCCUAGUGAACGCCACCCUCGACUGCGACCUCGAGCCGGACGUCCACAAUCUGGUGGUGAUGGCGUGCGACACGGACCCGGCCACCCCGUUGUGCGCCUUGACCAGGCUUCGCGUCCGCCUCGAGGACGUGAACGACAACUCGCCCAAGUUCCCGGUGCCCGAGUAUCUCGAGUUCGUCGGGGAGAACGAGCCGGUCGGGACCACCGUGUUCUCGGCCCGCGCCUCGGACCUCGACCGCGGCAUAUUCGGCGCGCUCAACUAUUCGAUCGUGUCCGCCGCUGCGACCGGCUUCUCCGACAUCGACGACAGCUGGAGGUUGUUCGCCGUGGACGGCAAGUCGGGCACGGUGACGACCCGCGCCGUCUUCGACUACGAGCUGCGCAACAGGUACGCGUUCACCCUGCGCGCGACCGACACGGGCGGUCGGACGGCGGCCGUCAGGGUGAGGGUGGAGAUCGAGUCGAGGGACGAGUUUUAUCCCCAGUUCACCGAGAGGAUGUACAGGUUCGGGAUGAGGAGCGGGGCCAGGAUACUGGCGGGGACGGUGAUAGGCCACGUGACGGCUACGGAUCGGGACAAGGGACCGGACGGUCGAGUCGUUUAUCAACUAACCUCUCAGCAUCCGUACUUCAAGCUGAACCGUACGACGGGCGCGUUGAUCGUGAAGCAGAAGCUGUUGCACCUGGACAUGGACGUGGAGGAGUCGUCGAGGUUGGUGGUGAGCGCGAGCUCGGGCAGGCAGGGCUCGUUGUCGAACAUGACCGUGGUCGAGAUCACGUUGACGGACGAGAGCGAGGCGAACGAGGGGACGGCGAGGGGAGGCGCCACCGCUUUGGCAACGCCGAACGACGUGGGAGGAGGGGCUUCGGCCAACGGCGGCGACGAGGACGGCGAGGAGGACGGCGGGAAGAGCGGCGAGGACAAGAGGGGCAGGAGCAAGAGCGGGGGCAACAUGGCAGUGGCGACGUCAGGCGGGUUGGCCGAUUGGGCGCUGGGUCUGCUGAUCGCUCUGCUCCUCUUGGUGGUCGCGUUCGGCGCCGUUUUCCUCUACCUUCACCUUCGAAACCGAAGGCACAAGAAGCCCGGAACCAAGCCCGGGUUGAACGGCGAGAGCAACGCGACCGCGUCCAACAGCUACGUGGACCCGAGCGCUUUCGACACGAUACCGAUCCGCAGCGUGGGCGGGGUGGGGGCCGGGGGGAACGGCGGGUCGGGGGCCGGGAGCGGGGGAGGCGGCGGGGCGUCGUGCCAAUUCGCGCCCCCCAAGUACGACGAGAUCCCGCCGUACGGCACGUCGGGCCAAUCCGGGCAGCAGCAGGCCACGUCCGAGCUGUCGGGCAGCGACCAGUCGGGCUCGUCGGGGAGAGGGUCGGCCGAGGACGACGGGGAGGACGAGGAGAUACGCAUGAUCAACGAGGGGCAGCAGACGGGCGACUCGGCCAGCGAUCUCUCGGUGCACAACACCCAGGAGUAUUUGGCUAGGCUCGGGAUCGUGGAUCCGCCCGCGGGCACGCCGAGGAGGCCGCCCGAGGCGCUGCCCCUCGACAGCUUGCACUUGUUCGAGGACGAGGCGGCCACCGAGGCGGACAUCGCCACCCUGAUCUACGGGAAGAUCGGGGAGCCGGGGAGGCCGAUGUCGGGCCUCGAAGUUCCGGGCGGCCCGUCCAUGAACGGUUCCCUCAGCUCGAUCGUGCACAGCGAGGAGGAGUUGACGGGAUCGUACAAUUGGGACUACUUGCUCGACUGGGGCCCCCACUACCAGCCGUUGGCCCACGUGUUCAGCGAGAUCGCCAGGCUAAAGGACGACGCCGCGAGCGUGCAGAGCGGCAAUUCGGGCAGCAGCGGCAAGACCAAGUCUGUACAUAAAGCCCCGCCCCCCCCGUUGCUCACCUCCGUCGCCCCGAGGUCGCUAGCCGCCCCCGCGCUGGCCAGAGGCAUCCUUCCCAGGUCUCCCAUCAGCCACGACGCCUCCACCUUCCCCUCGGCCGCCCUCAGCCCCAGCUUCUCCCCAUCCCUCUCCCCUCUGGCCACCAGAAGUCCUAGCAUCAGCCCUUUGGUCCCACCCGCCACCCAAAGGUCCGGUCAAAGUGCCAACAGGGGUAUUCCGGUUACCGACGCCGAGUUGAGGAUUUAACCCUUUGUUUUUCUUUUUUUUUUUUUUUUUUUUACUUAUACCCGUCCAAUUAUCCUCGCGUCACGUCGCGUUCAUCAUUACCGUGUUGUUAUUAUUAUUAUUAUUGUUUACGCAUCGAUCCCGAAUGAAUUGUACAUUUCGAUGUAAUAGCGAUUCGUUAAAGUUGCGAGCGAUUUCUUUUUUUUUUUUUUUAAGCAAGCGUAUUAUGUAAACGAUCCAAUUUUUCAUUCGCGUAGAGGGUGUUGAACGAUACGCUCGAGAUUCCAAUGCGUGAUUUCCAAUGCGCAGCGUGUAUAAAAUAGAGAUUAGAGAUCGUUAAGUUUGACUAACCUUCGCCGGGAUUCUCGAAGGUGCAAAGGUGCAUAUAUAUAUAUAUAUAUAUAUUUUAUUUUCCUCGUGAUAAAGUUUUACGCGCCUAGGUGUAGAAUCGAAAUAUCGAGCGUUUGUAGAUAAUCGAUCGUUUUUUUUUUUUUUAUUAUUUUUUCUCGUCCGCGUAAAGAAUCGUAGCGUACCUAUUGUUCGACAAGUUACGAUUCGCGAGAGGCGCGAUAUUUUUCUAGAAAGUCUAUCGUCUAGCUUGCCGUUUCGAUCGCCGUCGCGUCGAUCGAUCGAUAGUGAAAAUAAUACUCGAUUUGUUUGUAAAUAAAAAAAGAGUCCGUAAAUCGACUCGUAGCUGUUAAGUGAUCGUGUAAAUAAUACUCAUUCGACGAAUGAUUAAGAAAAGAAAAUAGGAGAAGAAGAGGAGGAGAAGGAAGAAGAAGAAGAAGAAGAAGAACUGCCUUUUAUAUAUGUAUAUGUAUAAUCAAAAGAUAGACUGUUCACUGUUCGAUGCUCAUACCUUUGUACCCGUGCCCGUUGAAACGUAAGACUGUGCGGUGACCUAAUUUUUUUUUGUUUUAAUCGUAGAACGAAACGGGAGAAUCGAUCGAUCGCUCGAACGUAUUUAACGUAUCCCUGGAGCGCGCGAUGCUGCGACGUUGAUGUUGAGCUUUCGGUUCGAAAUUGCGCCGUACGAGCGUAUUCGAUCGAUUCGAAGGAGAUCACCACCCGUUUCGUUUCGUUUCGUUUCGUUUCGUCACUUUUCGCGUUCGUUUUUUUUUUUCGGAGAAAAAGGAUCCCAAGUGAUUUUUUCAGCCAGGUACAUACGCGUGUAUACAUAUGAAAUUAAUUAGAAAAUAGAUGUGUCGUAUUUUGUAUAAAAGAAAGAAAAGGAAAAAAAAAAAAGAAAGAAGAAAAGGACAACUCUCUGUACAAAGACUCUUCCGUGAGCCAGCCCCGCCCCCAACGAUUCGCCUCGCGGCGAAUCUUAAAUAAAUGAAUUUUUUAGGAAUUUGA